CAAUAAAUCGCAAGUACAAUUAUGUUGACUGCUUUGGUCGCAGACUUUUUGUUUGUCUAGCGUGAACCAAGCGUCCAAGGUUAUAAUGUUAUAAAGUAGUUGAUGAAUUUCAAAUUUGCUCUAAUUUAGAGAACAGCACGAAGUCCCUUAUAUAGAUGUCUUGUUGAUGAAUGAACUUCUUGAUUGGUUGUAAUUAUAAGAACCAUGUCUUCUAAUCACUUGAGAUUCCUUGCGAAGACCGUGCUUGUUCGAAACAACCAAAUUGAACCAGCCUACCGCAUUUUGGAUGGAAUACUGAAACGGGAGCAGUUUUUCUCAGAUGUGAAACGGAAAGAAAGAUUUGAGAAACCUUUCCUCAAGAGGAGCCGGCUGUCAUAUGAGAGAGCUAGACGGAUCUACGACUCAGAAAUGCAGCGGAAAAUUGAAUUUGUGAUGAGGAAGAACAGACCGGAUCCUUUUCUACGAUAACCGAAAUAUGUGUGUACAUGAGACGUUGCGUGUGGUUGGUUUUGUAUUGAGAGAUUGAGACUGAGUGGCAGUAGUUAUGUCUGCUUUGUGGACAUGUAGUCUACUGACUGGAAUUUUUAACACUCAUGUAGGCUUGAUGAGUUGAACGUUAUGUCGUGCAGAGCCAUCUAGUCUUGACUUGUACUUGAACUGGAAGAUAUGUCAACUUAUCUCCACCAUUAUUUCUUUUUAUGGCUUUCAUUUUUAUGGCCAAUGUUGUUCAGUACCGAAGGGAAAGAAAUGUAAAAUUAAAAAGAAAAUUAUUUUUUAAAAAUUACUUAAAGUACAUAGCCAAUAUUUUCAAUUACCGUACUUUCGUAACAUUACAUACUCUUUCUUUUUUUACCUCACAGUUUUAUUUAUCUCGACCAACAUGAAUGAAAUGAUUCAUAGACUACGACUUUGCACCAUCUGGUGUGCCUUGUAUGCCAGACGUUUGUGACAGAAAGGUUUAACUGUGUUCACGAGGAUUACUAUGUAUUUUAGGGAUUGUUGAGCAUUUUCUGAGCUGAUCGGUUUGUUUGAACAUAAGUUCUCGCUGUGUGUUCUAAUAAUAAAAAUUGCUUGCCUUUUUUGGGGCACAAUAAUAAUUACA